AUGUUGACGAAAUAUAUGUUAUCAUUUAUUCUUUUGCUAACGCCCAAUAUAUUGCUGUGCGCUUCGGCGGCGGUGCACGGCCACAAUGUGGACAGCCCGGAGCGCGAGUCGGACGGGGCGUACAAGCCGCGAGAUUACGAGCACUACAACGACGUCGGUCACAACGUGGAGUUCGAUCACGAAGCGAUAUUAGGUAGUGUGAAGGAAGCCGAGGAGUAUGACAGACUCAGCCCCGAGGAGUCCAAGAAGCGGCUGGAGCAGCUGCUGCCCAGGAUGGACCUCGACAGGGACAAGUUUAUUGACCGGGAGGAACUCAAGAAGUGGAUAUUAAACUCAUUCAUUAACUUAUCCCAAGAGGAGGCCGAGGAACGAAUGUCCGAGGCUGAUGACAACAACGAUGGAGUUGUCACUUGGUCUGAAUACCUCCGAGAUGCAUUCGGAGCUGAGAAUGAAGAUGAGAUCAGUAUCGAUGACACUGGAGAGACUGGCAUGUUGCUGCCCGAGGAGAAGGCCAUGUGGAAAGCAGCAGAUAAGAAUGGUGACGGGACCCUUGACUUUGAAGAGUUUGCGGUGUUCACAAACCCAGAGGAACAUCCUGAGAUGCAUGAGUACCUGCUGCAACAGACACUGAGGGAGAAGGACCGCGACGGAGAUGGAAGGAUAGACUUCCAGGAGUACGUGGGAGAUAGAGGUGUCCAGCAGGACAAGGAGUGGUUGUUGUCUGAGAGGGACAAGUUCACUCACGACCUGGACCGCGACAAGGACGGCUCACUGGACGCGCACGAGCUGACGCGCUGGCUCAUACCUGACAACAACGAGAUAGCCGAAGAGGAGGUGGACCACCUGUUCGCGUCUGCCGAUGACGACCACGACGACCGACUCUCAUACGAAGAGGUCGUUGGACAUCAUCACGUGUUCGUGGGCAGCGAGGCCGCUCCGGACCACAGAUACUACGACGAACUAUAA